ACGAGUGGAGAAGACACUCUCUGCAGGUGGAGAGAAGCGGCCCCCCUAAAGCGGUGCCGCACGCCGGGGCCCCCCGGCAGCAGCUGCGGCGGGGGAGCCGGGCCCGGGGGGUGGGGGCUCCCCCCUCCCUGCCCCGUACCCCCGAAGCGCGGGGCCGGUGGGCUCCCGAGGGCCGGGCCGCCCGGGCCGGCUGCGCGUCGGGAGAGGCCGCCGCUCCCUCCCGAGCGGGGGCCGGUGGCGGCGGGUGACAGGCCGGUGGCGAGGCCGGGGCCCGCCCGCCCCCCCCUUCAUUGCGCGCGGCCCGUGUGCCGGCGGCCCAGCCGGGCCCCGCCUCGCCGCGCUCGCCAGGAGGGGCGGGGGCUGUGGAGCGACGGCAGCGAGCAGGCAGGCGCGGAGCUGCCCUUCCAUAGGAGCCGCCAUUAGCGCUGGGACCCGGUGACAGGGUCUCGGCGUCGGCGGCCGGCGCGGGGAGCGAAGGCAGCCGGGGUUGGGUCCCCGUUUGAUGGAUCCCCGGAUCGCCUGGUUCCAGCCAGAGCAGCUCGGCCCCUCGAACCGCCUGUGGAUGCAGAUCUGGGAGACGACGCAGGGGGUCCGCAACCUCUACUUCCAGCAGCAGCAGCAGCAGGAGCAGCAGCAGCAGCAGCAGCAGAGCGCCCCCGCCGGGGCCGGCCCGGCCUCCCCGCCCGGCAUGUACCGCGCCCCCCGCCCCGACCCCCAGCCCGACUUCCUGCCGCUCGAGAGCGCCAACAACCAGCACAACCGCAGCCACCACCAGGCCUCGCCGCCCCCGGGGGCCGCCGCCUGGGCCCGGCCCGCACGGGGGGGGCCGCCCGCCGCUGCUGCCGCCGCCGCCAGCAACAAGAGGAAACGCGACAACAAGGCCAGCACCUUCGGGCUCAACUACAGCCUCCUGCUGGGGCCCCCCGGGCAGGGCCGGGCCCCCGCCCUGGGGGACGAGCCGGCCGCCCGGGCCCAGGCCGGCCUGGCCGAGCCGCUCUACACCGGCACCCCCUGGAAGAAGAGGAACUACAGCCAGGGAGUCGUGGGUCUUCAUGAAGAAAUCAUUGACUUCUAUAAGUAUAUGUCUCCCAGACCUGAAGAAGAGAGAAUGCGGAUGGAAGUGGUGAACAGGAUAGAAAAUGUUAUAAAAGAGCUCUGGCCUAAUGCAGAUGUGCAGAUAUUUGGAAGUUUUAAAACUGGUUUAUAUUUACCUACAAGUGAUAUUGAUUUAGUUGUGUUUGGAAAAUGGGAGACAUUACCUCUUUGGACCCUGGAAGAAGCUCUUAGAAAGCACAAUGUAGCAGAUGAAAACUCAGUAAAGGUUCUAGAUAAAGCAACUGUACCUAUUAUUAAACUGACAGAUUCCUUCACUGAAGUAAAAGUUGAUAUAAGCUUUAAUGUACAGAAUGGGGUUAAAGCAGCCCAGCUCAUCAAAGAUUUUAUCAAGAAAUAUCCUGUGUUACCGUAUCUAGUUUUAGUGUUGAAACAGUUCCUGUUGCAGAGGGACCUUAAUGAAGUAUUUACAGGUGGAAUCGGUUCUUAUAGUCUUUUUUUAAUGGCUGUCAGUUUCCUUCAGCUGCAUCCCAGGGAAGAUGCCUGUAUGCCCAGUGCCAACUAUGGUGUUCUUUUAAUAGAGUUUUUUGAAUUAUAUGGACGUCACUUCAAUUAUCUGAAGACUGGAAUCCGAAUAAAAGAUGGUGGCUCUUAUGUUGCCAAGGAUGAAGUGCAAAAAAGCAUGCUGGAUGGCUACAGACCAUCAAUGCUGUAUAUCGAAGAUCCGUUACAGCCAGGUAACGAUGUUGGGAGGAGUUCCUAUGGUGCCAUGCAAGUGAAACAGGCUUUUGAUUAUGCCUAUGUUGUUUUGAGCCAUGCAGUUUCCCCAAUAGCUAAAUAUUAUCCUAACAACGAAACGGAAAGUAUAUUAGGUAGAAUAAUUAGAGUAACGCAAGAAGUGGCCACGUACAGAGACUGGAUAUCGAAGCAGUGGGGAAUGCAAAGUAGGACAGAGUCUUCGUGUAAUGGUAAUGGAGUAACCUUGAUAGUAGAUACUCAGCAGCUAGACAAAUGCAACAAUAAUCUCGCUGAAGAGAAUGAAGCACUGGGAAAACCUAGAAAUAAAACUUCAGAAACACUUAGUAAACAUUCUUCAAAUUCUUCAUCAGGUCCUUUAUCAUCGUCAUCAUCUACACUGUCCAGCUCUAGUGAUGUAGAUUCUGAUGGAACACCUUGCAAAACCUCUAAACAGUUGAGUUGUCGUCAGUCUACCACAAACAGAGUGGGGUCACAAGAAGUGUCACUGGAAUCCUCCCAGUCAAGUGGGAAAACACAAAAUAGCCAAACAGCCAAUACAUCCAGCAACACGAACAAAUCUCAGCAUGGAUCUGCACGGUUAUUUCGCUCUUCUAACAAAGGCUUCCAAGGUCCAACAAACUCAAGCCACGGUACCUCAGUCACAAACAAACAACAUCAAGGCAGCAAAUCACACCAUCAGUUUUUCCACGGCAAAAAGAGGAAACACAAGAGGGAUGCGGCCCUUUCAGACCUUUGUAGAUAGUUGCCUAUUUUAUGACUGUUCUUCUGUGUGCAAUGAUCUCAUGCUACAGGAUAGUUUGAUAGUGACUCCUUGGAUCUCUUCCGGAGCUUCAGACUGUUCAGACAUUGAUUAGCAACUGCAUUUUUUUUUCCCAGCUCGCCACGGAACGGAUCAUGAAGACUGAUCACUGCAAAAACAAAAAAAAAAGAAAAAAAAAAAAAAAAGAAAAAAAAAAGGAGAAAAAAAAGGAAAAAAAGAAAAAAAUUAAAAAGAAAAAAAUUUAAAAAGAGGAAAAAGGCUGCUCAUUUGAUAAGUCAUAUGCUACAACAGGGUCAUUUAGGAUAUAAAAGCUUGAAUGUAAAAUAAAUGUAUUUCCCAUCAGCUCAUGCUGACCUGUAGAGGUAGUACUCAGUGUGUCUAGGGGGUGGUAACAAACAAAUAAAACACAAAAAAUAGGAAAAAAAAAAAGCAAAAAAAUGUAUUUUGAGGGAAACCCAGCCUUUAAAGGUGAAAGUAAUUUGUGCAUGAUUUUUUUAUUAUUUUUGCAUAUACUUACCAUUUUAUUGUGUAUAUAUAGAUGACCAUAUAGGAAAACUGACAUUUGUAAUAGUGGAUUUGUUAAUACUUUUUACAUAACAUUACUGUUUAAAUUGUAAACAUAAAUUUUUCUCAGGAUUAGUUUGGAAAAUAAUCUGAAUUGUCAUCUUAACAUCCAUAUAAAGAGACAUUACUAGUUAUAUUGCUCAGAAUUUCUUUUCUUGGCAUUUAAAAGAUUUAAUAGAACAUUUGAUCUGCAAAAGCUGUUCCUCUGAAAGAAGGGUUUAUGGUGGCAAAUGAAGUUUUUCAUUUGUAUAAAGUGUAUGUGUGCUUUGUGUAGACACUGAGCUUGUCAUCUCAGAGAAGUAACCUUCACCUUGUUUUCUAGAGUGCCAUCAUUUCAGGCAAUGGGGUUUUAUAGUUGCAUCCUUCUCUUCCUCCCCUUAGUGGUCUCUUCCUGACUCUUUCUUUUUUUUUAAAGAAAUACAAAACCACUUGGGGUUUUUUUGUUUGGUUGUUGGUGGUGAACGUUUUCUUUUUUUUUUUUGGUUUUAAGAAAACAACAGAACUCGGUUUGUUACAGACGUUUGCAUUCCUGGGCUGCUUUAAUCCCAUGCCUCUUUGUUUGUGCCUUCCCUUCCCCUUCCAGAUCUGGGUUUUUUUGUCUUUUAUAUUUUUGCUAACUCCUGUAGGAGAUGAUAACUGUUGAAGCUUUAAGUAAAUUUUACAAUUAAAGUAUUUUUUUCUCACUCCCCUCUUAGGCCUUUUUAUAUUUACACUUAAUUAUUUAAAAAAACCAAACACAACAAAACAACUUCAAAUAAUGAAAUAUAUUUUGUAUUGCCUUAAAGACCCAAACCUUUCAUAUCUCAUAGUAUUUCUUCAUUGAUCUGGUUGUCAUUUAAUUUAAACUCCGUGUUUGUCUGGUUCAGUCGCAUUACAGCUCUAGGUUGCAGUAACUUUGAUGCCAUGAAUGCGAAUUAAAUGUGUAACUACACUCACGGGCAUAGCUUGGAACAGGCGUUGGGACACUUCAGUGGUAGAAAGUUAAGUGGCAUUUACUUUCACAUAUUUCUUUAAAGAGGAAAGUCUGUACUCGGCAUACAUGACUGUAUUCAAUGCAGCUGUUCUGGAGACGAUGCUUUUAUAAAAAGUACUCUUAGCUUUUAGAAACUUUUUUUAAUAUACAUUUACAGAAUACUACAGACCAACCUGACCCUUAAUGGGCACUAAUGAGUGCAAUGAUUUUUUUAAAGUAAAAUAAUGCUAAAAUAAGACCAGAAUUGAUGUCAUCACUUAAAUUAAUAAACAUUUUCAAUGUGUUAAAGUGUUUUACUUCAAAAAAGAGAAUAUAUGUGUUCCAAAAAUACAGACAGUCGUAACAUUUACUCAAACACUAAGCUUAAGUGAUGUUAAUUUGACAAUGUUUUUUUAAAUUUUAGAUUCAUAUUUUAAUUUGAUCAGAUAAUUUUAACAGCAAGAUGUUGAGCUUUUGUUCAUAGAAACUAGUAAAACUUGUACCACAUUAUGCAUAAUCACAGUAUUUAUUUUGUUUUAGAUUAUUGUGAAUGUGUAGACUUAUGUUCACCGCUUAGGGAACAAUUAUUUAUAAAUUAUAUUAAUCCAGUAUUGUUAGCUGCUAUUAGCAAAAAUGUUCCAAAACUCAAUACUUGCAAAGAUCUGUAUCGCAUUUACCACACUGAAGUGUUUUUAAAAGAAUCACCCUCAUCGUUGAAAGCAAAUGUACUUUUAGGGUGCAGAUAUUAGUGUUCCAAUAAGCAUGUGAUAAUUUUAAGGUGGUGGUAGCGGGAAGAUAAUCUUGAUUCCAUUGGGAAUCUUAGGUUUGCCUCAAUUUAUGGUUUUCAUAAAUUUAAUGGAAAAUAGCUUUUCCUGGACUGCUCAAGUUUCUUUUUGGUAAACAGUAUCUUUCUAAAAGAAAAAAAAAAAAAAAAAAAAAAGGCAAAAAAAAAAAAAGCAUGAAGGAAAAAUUGAGGUGUUUUACAUUGCCUCAAAUGACCAGCAUUGUAUUCAUAAAAUACUGUAUAUCUUGCAAAUCUUUAUUUAAACAGAACAGUUGAACUGUUCGUUUUUCAAUCUGAAGUAAAAUACUUUCAAGACCUUUUAGUUUGCCUGCUCAUUUGUCUUGUACAUUUCAUCUCUGUAUUUGACUCAAGUCUGAUUCCUUUUUGAGUUUCAAUACUUUUGUGAAGAUUUUGUGAAUAUAUGAAA